AUGCAAUCACUAAUUGAAAAGGCCAAUAAUGGUGGACAUUUGGAAAUUGUUAACAAUAGACAAAACUGGAAAUAUGACUGGUUAAAUCCUACGCAUUCAACACCUAGUAAUGCUGUAAGCUCAGGAACUGAUGGUGCUCCAUUUAAUGAUGGAACUUCAGUAGAAAAAUACCCUUUCAAAUUUAAGACAUGGAUUAAGACAGACGAAUGCACAUGGCGCAAGAUACUAGAGGCUAACGACUCGAUGGAUCUCUUGGAUGCCUCCACUUAUUCAGCGCAGGACGAGGUUCAUGAAAUUGUUUCCAAUGAUCAACAGACUGCUAAUAGACCUUCGAAUGGUGAGAAUCUCACGGUGGACGAUAUUAGAGGUGCCGUUGGUGGUGUAGACGGAAUUGCAGGCUUCUCUAGUUCAGAUGCACAAGCACAGCCUGAACAGCAUCCAGGACAGCAGUCUGAACAACAGCCUGAACAGCAGCCUGAACAGCAGCCUGAACAGCAGCCUGAACAGCAGCCUGAACAACAACCUGAACAACAACCUGAACAACAACCUGAACAACAACCUGAACAACCUCCAGCAAUGAUUCCAGAUCAAAAUCAAAAUCUGGAACAGAACAACAACCUAAAGGAUCAGGAUCAGGACCAAGAUGUUAAUAUGGAUAAGGAUUGA